AUAUUAUUAUGGCUGUCAAUAGAUUUAAAAAAAUGUCAUCCUUUUGAGUUGCACAGCAAAGUUAAUUUGUGAUUAAUAUCAAAGUCACACUUUAUUUUUCUAAAUAUAACUUAAAUGAAGAUUUUAUCAUCACACCAUUUUAAUUUGUGAUUAAUCAUGCAUAACUCUGCUGUGGAUCGAUUACACAAGAUUAAAAACCUAAAUCUAUUGACAGCCCAAAUGAUUUAAUUCCUAAAAUACACCAUCCAUUUUAAAGGUGAGUGUAUGCGGUGUGUGUGUGAGAACAUCAGACGUGACACCUGGGAAGUCCUGGAGAGGUAGAUGGGGUUUUGUGUAGUGACCGGUGCAAACCAUCACUGCAUCAAACACUUGAAUCCUCCUCUGACCAUCUCUACUUUCAGUCUCAACCUCCCACUGUCCUUUCACAGCAAAACCCUGGACCUGCCUCACAGUGACGACAGUGGUCUGAAAAAAACAGCAUCAGAGUGACCCAACUGUUGAAUGGCUUCAUUUGUCGAUGUCAGGUUAUUUAUGCUCUCACCUCAAAGUUGAUGUAUUGCAGCAGUUUGAAGGCCUGAGCGUAAAGCUGCAGAUACAGGAGAACCUCAGAGUGGAGCAUGUGGUUUGGAAAUUCAGCCGGAGGAGGGAAGUCACUGAAUGAAGUUAUCUCUUUGGAACUGUUGAUGAUCACAGAUGGAUAGAUGUUUGCUCUACCCAGCUCUGGGGUCUCCUGAAGAAAAGCGGAUGUGAAACACAAGCUGAAACCACCAAAACAAAAACUGUGGACAAAGCUUCAUUCCGCACCUUAAAUCUCCACAACCCUCCGAUGGCUUGGCUGCUUUCAAAGCAGAAACGUCAGUUAGAAAGAGAAUGAUCUUCUCUUUGGGAUUGGGCCACCAGGGGACGCUGUGGCCAUGGGCGUCUGACAUCACUUCCGCUCUUUGCUGUGUUUACGUCUGUCCGACAACAUGGAGGACGAGCUUGAUGUUGACAUCGAAGGAGACGAGUUUGAUAACAAUAUCGGGGAACUUGGUGCUGCAGAGGGUUUAAUGCAGGAGCAGUUCUUACAGUCUACAUGGAAAAACAGCCCCGGAAUACUGCCCUGGGAGCUGGAUAGUUCCAUCAGCGCUGAGAACCGCGAAGUGAUUGAGAAGAUGUUGCUGGAAGAACAAUAUUAUCUAACUGGCAAGGAGAUUCCCAAGCAUGUUUGGAACAAUGUUGGUAACAAGACCAAAGUAAAGAGAUCUCAAACAAAGACCUCUGCCUCAAAUUCGUCUUUUCGGUGGUCUAAACAAGAGAAGGAGUUAUUUGAAGUGGGCCUGACAAAAUUUGGCAGGAGAUGGACUAAGAUUGCCAAGAUGGUGGGCACGCGCACUGUUUUCCAAGUCAAGAAUUAUGCAAGACAGUACUUUAAACACAAGGCAAAAGAUGAACCAACAGUGGCAGCUGUAUCUAGUGGCCCUGCAGUGAACAAGAAAAGUUCUACUUCUAGUCAGUCUUCUGUAUUAACCAAUGCGGUGCGCAUAGAAAGGCUCUCUGGAGAUGAAGAUGAAGAAGUGGAUAUUACUGAUGACAUCACUGAUGAUGAUGAGGAGAUUAAAGAACCGGUUGAAAUUAAACGUGAGCAGAGUCAAUCCGAUCUGCAGAGUGACUACAAAACAAAUGCAAUCAGUGGUGAUCAAGUGGAUGGUAUACACACCAGUGGUUCAGCUGUCAAACCCAAAGAUUCUCUUCUAGUCUUAAAUGGGCCUGAUGUGGCUGAUUCUGACAGGAAAGAUCCAACUGCUCUUGAACUGUCAGAGAAAACGGACACUAAUUCUGAAGUACGGACUCCACUGUGUGAGCCCUCACUGUUGUUGUCGUGCCAAGAAGACGAAACAGACACCCCAGGUGAAGACAGAGAAACAGAAGAGGAAGAGGGAGAGGAUGAAGAGGACCUGAAAAUCCCUGAGCAGGAAAUUGAGUUGGAUUUGGAAACUGUCACUGAUGAUGAAAAGCAAGCCAUCCCAGAGUUCUUUGAGGGCCGACCGUCAAAAACUCCAGAGAGAUACCUUAAGAUAAGAAACUACAUUGUUGAUCAAUGGCUUAGGAGCAAACCAAAGUACCUGAACAAGACCUCAGUCCGACCAGGAUUAAAAAACUGUGGUGAUGUCAACUGCAUUGGGAGAAUACACACAUACUUGGAACUCAUUGGAGCCAUCAACUUCAACUGUGAACAAGCAGUGUACAAUCGACCAAAGGUGGUGGAUCGCUACAAGCACAAGGAAAGUAAAGAUGUGCUUGAAGCCUAUCAGCUGGCCCAGAGGUUGCAGAGCAUGCGUACCAGGAAGCGCCGCGUACGGGACACGUUGGGAAAUUGGUGUGAUGCCAAAGACUUGGAGGGGCAGACCUAUGAGCAUCUGAGUGCCGAGGAACUGGCUCUGCAGAGAGAGAAGUUGAAGAAAGUCAAACUCUGCAAGGCAUCCAGGCAACUUGGAUCUGUGGACCCCUUUCAGCUGAUACCCUGCAGGUCUUUUGGUGAGGAAGUUCAGGAGCCAUUCCAAGUCAUCGUCUGCGCUGAAACUCUGCUCAUCAUGGACAUGCAUGCACAUGUGUCGCGAGGGGAAGUCAUCGGUCUACUUGGAGGAACAUUUUAUGAGAAGGAGAGGAUAUUAAAGAUAAGCGUGGCUGAGCCUUGUAACAGUGUGAGUACAGGUUUGCAGUGUGAAAUGGACCCGGUGUCUCAGACACAGGCCUGUGAAGUGCUGACUUCCCUGGGCUUCAGUGUGGUGGGCUGGUACCACUCACACCCCACAUUCAAUCCCAACCCUUCUGUGCGGGACAUUCACACACAGGACCAGUUUCAGAGUUACUUUUCUCGUGGUGGAGCUCCAUUUAUUGGAAUGAUUGUUAGUCCGUACGACCCCUCAAACCCUUCGCCUCAUUCCCAAACCACUUGUUUGUUGGUCAAAGAAAGCCAGACGCCAUCCAGCUUACAGAAGCUGCCGUACAAAUUUGAUUUCUUACCAUCACAAGACAUUCCAAACUGGGACCAGACAUUGCGCAGAGCCACAUGGAUCAUCCAGAAAUACUCUCAAGCAUCUGGAAGUGUGCAAAUGAACCGAAUGUUCCGGAGGGAGAGCCAUCUUACCUGUUUGGAAAAGAUGCUCUCCUCUUUGGCCCGGUACCUGGAGCCCCUGCCAGAUGAAGAGGGAGAGAUUUUCCUCACCCAGAUCCACUCUCUCUUCUUGUCCGACUUUGUCUCCAAACAGCAUUCAUCAGACUUGGGCGAGAGUGAACCUGUCAACGCCUCCCCCAGAUCUUUAGACUUGUGUACGGGAGACGACUCGGUGGAGGACUCUGGGGAAACAUCAGAUAGAGUAGAAAGUGAGGGCAACACAGUUCUUCAUAUGGGUUCUGUGUUGACCUGUGAGCAUGAUUAUUUACUCUAGAUACUGACCUCCCUUGUGCAAAAUUUAAAAUCUCAUUAGUUUUCUUUUUUGUUUUGAUUUUAAUUGUUUUUUAUUUUUUUACCAUUUACUUAUUUUAGAUUUCACUGAACAUCAAUAAUGUAUUUAUAUCCCCCCUCUUUAAAAACUUCCAUUUAAUUUUUAUUGAGUGUUUAAUGCAGUUUUUAUCUUAUUUUUUAAAGGUAUUUAACAUGUCUCAAUGUUUUUGUUACAUUUUUUCCAAGUAUUGCAGAUCAUCUGGAAUUCAUAGAUGCGUUUUUAGCACCCACUGCAAAUUAAUGCUGUGAUUUAUAAGAUAAUGUACAUCAUUCAUCAUCAUCAUUUAAGCUGAAAUAAAGCUAUUUAUCCAUGA